GCACCACAAAAGUUGACAAUUGACAGCUUAUUUUCAUUUCACCAAUUUCAGUAACCACCCAAUCAAUGACAAAUAUCGUAAAAUACUAUCCACUUAAAUUAAAUAAAAGAAUUCCAAAUCAAUUAGAGUUAGUCCAAUUUUGAAAAUCUUGUCCAGAAAAAAGAAUUUCUAGAACUCCCCAAAAAUUCCGAAAGCCGACUACUUCUGGCCGCUCAGAGUAGCUGAUGAUUCUUCAUAGUUUGUCUCAAAUUCGGAUUUUGAUUGCACUCUGCCUUUCUUCGGUGUGUGAUGAGGUAACUGGAAGCUGAAUAUCAAGCUUUUGCCCUAAAGCUUCAUUUCGUGAACCUCAUCAUGGCAUUGUUUACCCAGUCUCCAUCCAGUAAUCCAGUACUUACCGUUUCCCGAUUACAUCAUAGACGCCUUAAGUUGUUUAAAUCUCAGAGUCUGUUUGGCAGAUGCAACUUGCCAUAUGUUAACAGUGGUCUUCAGAUCAUAUGUUGUGCUAACACAUCUCGAUGGGAACCGGCUCCAGUAACAUAUGUUCCCGAGAAAGAAGGUGCGUUGCUCAAAGAGAGUAGCAAUAUCUUUGAAACCAUCACUUCUUCGAGUGAGGCGGCUGAAGCUUCAAUAACUAAGACAGAACAUCGUGAUGUGGAUGCAAAUGAGCAGCCUAUCAUGCAGUUCCACUACCUUCGGCAGCCUCUAUGGCUUCUAGGCCCCGUGCUUCUCUUGGUGACCGGCGUUGUGCCCACCUUGUGGCUGCCAAUAUCAUCUAUUUUCCUUGGUCCCAACAUAGCCAGCCUUCUCUCCCUUACGGGGCUAGACUGCAUUUUCAAUCUUGGCGCAACCCUGUUCCUCCUUAUGGCGGACUCCACUGCUCGUCCAAACAACGACACUGAAGCCUGCAGCAGCAAGCCUCCAUCAAGUUACAGAUUCUGGAACAUCAUUGCAAAUGUAGCUGGAUUCAUCAUUCCCUUGGCGAUGCUCGUUGCUUCUCAGAAAGGGUUGCUUCAGCCUCAGCUACCUUUGAUCUCAUAUGCAGUCCUCUUAGGUCCUUACUUCCUGCUUUUGUUGGUGCAACUGGUGACGGAGAUGCUGACGUGGCACUGGCAGUCACCGGUGUGGUUGGUGACUCCGGUUGUUUACGAAGCGUAUCGACUGCUGCAGCUGAUGAGAGGGCUGAAGCUCGGGGCGGAGGUCGGGGCGCCACCGUGGAUGUUGCAUACAGUUAGGGGAUUGGUGUGCUGUUGGGUGCUGGUUCUUGGGGUGCAACUUAUGAGAGUUGCUUGGUAUGCUGGUUUUACCUGCUCGUGCUUACCAACAGCAGUCUGCUGGAAGGAUCAUAAACUGAAUCGAAUCGAGUCGAGUCGAAUAGGAAGUUUAUACCUUGUCCUGAUCUCUAUUAAGUGCAGUUGUGUAGUUUGCAGCAGUUGGAUGUAAGUAACUGAAUAUAAAGUUUGAAAUAUUUAGAAAUCACUUAGAUUUGUCAGUUUAUAGAUGAAUGGGUUUAGUUGAACUGAUUUUUUUCUUUUUUUUUCAAUUGAUAAAACGUACUUUU